UGAAUCACUUCAAGAAGGACCCAGAAUUCCCAAAACUAACCAUCUGCGUGGCAUUAAAAGCAAAAUACGACAAGAUGCUAAAAGUCUAUGAAAGAGACUGAAGAUGCUGAAAACAGGGACUGAAGACAGAGAGGAAUGCUACCACAGGCUGGAGAAUUUCAUUUUUUGUGGGAGAUUUGUUCAGGUGGAGUGGAAGAAGGAAAUGCAGUGAGAACAUUUGGCAGGUUAACUACUUAUGAUGCCAGGAUCUCAGAGGCAAUUCUUUCUGUACAUCACAGCUCAACUGAUUACCAGCUUCGGGUCCGUACUUCACUAGUGGAACCAUUUGAAGCUCGCAUUGGGUCUGAGUAUAUGGUACUUGGAGAAAUUGAAACCAGUGCAGGCAAUAUUCCUGUGAUCCAAGCUCGGCUACUAAUGGAUGCAGAUGGAGUGAACUUGCCUUUACUGGAGCGUGCUGUACAAGAGCAGAGAAAGUACUUCCAACAAAGAGCUGCAAGGGGUGCCCUUGAAACUGGGGUAGAGACCAACAAGAGGGAUGUGUGAACACAUGCAUAAACUCUCAGCAAACUUGUAACUCCCAGUGAUGCCUCUCUGGUGUGGCAGUUGUUUGCAUUUACUGUGAAAAGCGAUCUAUCCAAAUCUGUUCUGUUUUGCACUGAGCCUGAAUAUGUAAAUCUGAUUUGUGGACCCCAUGAUGAACUUGGCCAUUUAAAAUUCAUGCAGUUUUGCCUUUUGAAAAUGUUUGGUUAGUUCAGGUGAAAGUAACAUCCUGAUGGAGUGUUGCUUCUGUACUUAAUUAGAAUUGCAGUACUUGAUGUUUCUGCAAUACUUUCCUGAAUGAUUGUGCUCGUCAGUUCUCAGCUAUAAUCCGCAUGAUUCACAAUCACCUGGCAUCGACAAAGGAAAGAAAAUUUAAAUGCAGCCAUGAGUGUCCAUAUUUUUCAGUGUUCCUCAUUUUCUGAUUAUAAAGUGCUAGAUUGAAGCCUAGAAGGGCAUUUCUUUCAAUGAUAUCCUUUUGGAAUAGAUCCUCAAAAUGGUAAAGGGCGAAAUUUGUGAAUUGAAUUUGAUGUGAUGCUGUUUAUUUAAACAUAUUAAUGCGUUGUGUCUGACUUCAAAGCUAUAUGACUUUGAGAAAUGUGGACCAGGUACUCCAAGAUAAUGCAGAAACUGGGUCACAUUGAUCUCCUAUACCGACCAACUCAUUAUAAUGCUUUGUGAUCACAAGAUCAAUGAAAGUUCCUGUGCUCUACCGUUCUUUGUUCAGCAGGCAAUCUAUAUAUAGCUCCUGCUAUUUUCACUUCCAUGAAUAACCUCUGCCUUUGCUGUAAAGGAUUGCAAUAAUUACCCUCCACUGUAUCCUAUAGUUAAUCCCACCCAAUACUAACUGGACUAGGUAUGGGUAAUGCUGUCAUCCUAAGUGGUUCCUGUCUUUUUCUCUCUGCCUCUAGCACUGCUCUCCAGUAAGUAGGUUCUGUCUCUUGUUGAUGUUAGGCAACAUUGUUCAAUACCACACUGUUGCACUUGCAUCUGAAGAGUUUCGGCAAUGCUAAAGAUCUGAAAUACUGUAGAUCUUUGUUCUUCCUUUCAGCCACUGUGGUUCCUUUAAUGGAGAACGUAAUUUGACCAGAAAUAAAGGUUACAUUACACGCAAA